GGGAGUUGUCUUAGAGGUUGACUGUCAAUGCAGCCUCUUCUCUGCCCAAGAUUCUAGCAAGCAUUUUAUUGUUUUGCCAUUUAAACCAACGCGAACGUCUUUCUACUUAACAUUAGUUCAAAAUGUCUGGGGAGGAUCCGGAACCGUAUCUUCGUCCAACGGACAAAGCGACAAUGAUCGAACGUACCAAAACGUUUGAUGCAAAAAAAUGGCUGUGGAUACCUGAUAAAAAGGAGGGUUAUUUGGCCGCAUCUGUCGUGUCCAGCAAAGGCGAAAUGCUCACUGUUGAGACAUCUGCUGGCAAGAAACUGGAAGUGAACAAGAAUGACACACAGCAGAUGAAUCCACCGAAAUUCGAAAAGUGUGAAGACAUGGCCAGCCUAACCUACUUGAACGAAGCCAGCGUCUUGUACAAUUUAAAACAGCGUUACACGUCAGCUUUGAUUUAUACGUACUCUGGUCUCUUCUGCGUCGCAGUAAAUCCAUAUCGUCGUCUUCCUAUCUACACACAACAAGUUGUUCAUAUGUUUAAAGGAAAGAAAAGAAGUGAAAUGCCUCCACACGUCUUCUCCAUUUGUGACAAUGCAUAUCACGACAUGUUACAGGAUCGCGAAAAUCAAUCUAUGUUGAUCACUGGCGAAAGUGGCGCUGGAAAAACUGAAAACACGAAGAAAGUCAUUCAGUAUUUUGCUAACGUUUCAAUGGGGGGGACAAAGAAAGAGCAGGAAAAGAAUUCCAACCUGCCAUCCAUCGAAGAUCAAAUCGUUAUGUGUAAUCCAAUCCUCGAGGCUUAUGGCAACGCCAAAACCAUCCGAAACAAUAACUCUUCACGUUUCGGAAAGUUCAUUCGAUGUCAUUUCAACGCCCAGGGAAAACUGGCUGGCGCCGAUAUCGAAACAUACCUUCUGGAGAAGUCACGUGUCAUAAAUCAAGGUCCAAAUGAGAGAUCCUACCACAUCUUCUAUCAAAUCUUGAAAGCUGCACCGGAUGAUCUGCUGAAAAAGUUGCUGAUUGACAGUCGCUCGCACGAGGACUACAAGUUUCUAGAAAAAAGUGUGGAUUUUGCUCAAGGCAUUGAUGACAACGAAUUGUGGGACGAAACUGAAGAAGCUGCGCAAAUUCUGGGUUUUUCGGAUGAAGAACGAAUCUCGAUGUACAAAACAUGCGCAGGAAUACUUCAUUGGGGUAAUGGACAGUUUAAACAGAGGCCAAGGGAGGAACAGGCAGAUGUUGCUGAUUCUAAAGCUUUGGAGAAAACGUCUUUCUUGCUUGGAAUUCAGUAUUCGGACUUCACAAAAAUGUUGGUAAAACCGCGAAUCAAAGUUGGCCAUGAGUACGUAAACCAAGGAAGAAAUAUGCAACAGGUUCUGUAUUCUAUCGGUGCCCUCUCCAAAUCCAUGUACGAACGAAUGUUCUUCUGGCUUGUCAAUAGGAUUAACGUAACCUUGGAUAGAAAGGAAAAACGAAACUAUUUUAUCGGCGUUUUGGACAUAGCUGGAUUUGAAAUCUUCGACUAUAACUCCUUUGAACAAUUGUGCAUCAAUUUGACGAACGAGAAACUUCAACAGUUUUUCAAUCAUCAUAUGUUUGUUUUGGAACAAGAAGAAUAUCAAAAGGAAGGAAUCGAAUGGGAUUUCAUUGAUUUUGGAAUGGAUCUUGAACCGUGCAUUAAUCUUAUAGAAAAGCCUAUGGGUAUUUUUGCUAUCCUUGAAGAAGAGUGCAUGUUUCCUAAAGCGACCGAUCAAACAUUUUUGAGCAAACUUCACAACACACAUGAUGGAAAACAUCCCAAUUACGCCAAACCAAAAGGGAGUAAAGCAACUUACGAUUUUGAACUUGGACACUACGCUGGUAAUGUCGGAUACUCGGUCGCCAACUGGCUAGACAAAAAUAAAGAUCCGAUCAACGAAGCCGUUGCUUCAUUGCUUGGAAAAUCCAGUGAUAACUUUAUUGCUAAUAUGUUCAAAGAAUAUAGCGGUGAAAGUAGUGGUAAAGCGCGCGGUGGGGGCAAGAAAGGUGGAAGUUUCCAAACCGUUUCAAACAGACACAAAGAGCAAUUGAACAAACUUAUGACGAUGUUAUACGCGACCACUCCUCAUUUUGUGCGUUGUAUAAUUCCGAACGAGAAGAAAAAUCCUGGUGAAAUUGAUGCAAAUCUUGUCCUUCAUCAGUUACGGUGUAAUGGUGUCUUGGAAGGAAUUCGAAUUUGCAGAAAAGGAUUCCCGAACAGAAUGCCGUUUGAUGAAUUUAAACAACGGUACCAGAUCCUUGCGCCAAAUGCUAUCCCACAAGGCUUCAUGGAUGGCAAGAAAGCAGCUGAGAAACUGAUUGAUGCUUUACAGUUGGAAGAAAAUGAAUACCGUGUUGGUACAACCAAGGUGUUCUUCCGAGCAGGUGUGCUAGGUACAUUGGAGGAUAUGCGGGAUGAACAAUUGUCGAGGAUUAUCUCUCAGUUCCAGGCUUACGCUAAAGGUUUCCUCAUGCGACGACGAUACCGCAAGAUGUGUGACCAGCGAAUUGGUAUUGCUGUUAUUCAGAGAAAUGUGAGAAAGUAUUUGUAUUUGAAGAACUGGGCAUGGUGGAAACUUUACACAAAGGUGAAACCGUUAUUAAACGUCGCUCGUACUGAAGAAGAAGAGUUAGCAAAAAUAAAAGAAGAAUUGGCAAAGGAGAAAGAACUCAGACAGGCGCUUGAGAAUGAAAAGACAGAUUUGAUUCAAGAAAAGCAAAACUUGUUUGAUGAUCUACAAAAGGAAAGCGAAACGUUAGAGAACACAAUGGAAGAUCUUCAAAAAGCCAGAGGGCGUCUUGAUGAUAUGGAGUCACAAUUGAAUGAACUGAAUGAAAGAUUAGAAGAUGAAGAAGACAACAAUGCUGAAAUGACUGCAUUGAAAAACAAACUUGAGGAUGAGAUCGAAGAUUUAAAACAAGAAGCAAAUGAGCUUGGAAAUGCUCUCGAUAAGGCCGAACAAGAGAAGGCAGCAAAGCAACAAGAUAUUGAACGACUCAACGAUGAGAUUGCCAAACAAGACUCCGCCUUGGAGAAGCUCAACAAAGAGAAACGAAGCCUGGAAGAUGAACGAAACGAUCUAGAAGAACAACUUCACGAAGAAGAAAAUAAAGUGAACAGUUUGAAUAAGGCGAAAGCGAAACUUGAACGAGAGUUGGAUGAGCAAAUUGAUGCUUUUGAAAAAGAGAAGAAAGUUCGCGGCGAAGUAGAGAAACAAAAGAGAAAAUUAGAAGGAGAUCUUAAGAUGGCUCGCGACGAAAUAAAAGAAAUCACAGGGAAACGAGAUGAACUGGAAAUAGUUGUAAAAAAGCGCGAUGCCGAAAUCAGCGAACUGAACAACGUAGUUGAAGAUAAUAAUUCUUUGAUUGCCCAGUUACAGAAAAGAAUAAAGGAACUUGAGGCUAAGGUUGCAGAGCUCGAGGAUGAGUUAGAAAACGAGCGAGGUCUCAGAGCAAAGGUUGAACGAGCACGUAACGACUUGGAGAGAGAACUCGAUGAUCUUCAAGAUGCCCUCGACGAACAAGGAGGCGCCACGCAAGCUCAGGUCGAGUUAAACAAGAAACGGGAAGCCGAGAUUAGCAAAUUAAGACGUGAUGUGGAAGAAGCUAAUGUUCAACACGAGCAAGCCAUCAGUAGUAUGAGAAAUAAACAUCAACAAGCUUUGUCAGAGGUUCAAGAAGAAUUGGAAGCUUCCAAGAAGGCAAAAUCAAAACUGGAGAAAGAACGAAAUUCUUUGACAGCUGAAGCGGACGAACUUGCCGAAAGUAACGAAAAGCUGCAGAAAGCUAAGUCUUCUUUGGAAAAGGCCAAUCGAACUUUGGAUUCUGAAUUGUCUGAGCGAAAGAGCGAACUCGAAGAGCUGCGUCUCGCUAAUGCCGAUCUCGUUUCUGCAAAACAAGCACUAAGCAACGAGAACGCUUCUCUCAGCGCACAGUUGACUGAGUUGGAAGGACGCGUUUCUUCUUUGUUGAAGAGCAAAAAAACUUUGGAAAUCCAACUUGAAGAGACGAAGAAUCAACUAGAGGAGGAAAGUCGGGCAAAGAACGACUUCUUCGACAAAAUGAAAAAUUUCGAGGCGGACCUGGAACUUGCGCGUCAGGACAACGAGGAUCUAGAAGAAGCGAAGGAAAACUUGGAAAAGGAAGUGGCGAAAGCAAAGAAUGAGAUUUCAAACUGGAAGAGGAAAUUUGAAGAGGAAGGACAAGCAAAGGCGGAGGAACUGGAAGUGGCUAGACGCAAGCUUGCUGCAAAACUGGCUGAGACAGAAGAACAACUCGCGGCUGCAAUGUCUAAGGCGAAUUCCGCUGAGAAAGCGAAACAACGAUUGGCUGGUGAGGUCGAAGAUCUCAAUGUAGAACUGGACAAGGCUCAAAAUCUUGCAUCAUCGUACGAAAAGAAACAAAAGAAAAUUGAUCAGGAAAUCGGACAAUGGAAGGCAAAAGUUGACGAGAUUCAAGAUGAACUUGAGGCAUCGCAACGCGAAUCGCGCAACAACUCCACUGAGGUUUACAAGCUUCGAGGUCAGCUCGAAGAGGCACAGGAUCUAAUGGAACAAUUGAAACGAGAGAAGAAAUCCUUGGAAGUGGAAGUGAAAGAUCUUUACGAUCAACUUGGCGAAGGAGGAAAGUCUGUUGUUGAGUUUGAAAAACUUAAAAAGAGACUAGAGUUGGAAAAAGAAGAACUUCAAAUGAACAUGGAGGAACUAGAAGGUGCAUUGGAACAAGAAGAAGCAAAGGUUCUUAAAAUGCAACUGGAAAUGACUCAGUUGAAACAAGAAUAUGAACGCCGUCUUGCUGAAAAAGAUGAGGAUGCCGAAAGUCUAAGAAAAAAUUUCAACCGCCAACAAGAGAAUCAAGCGUCGCUCGAAGCCGAGAGCAAAGCUAAGAAUGAACAGAUACGACUGAAGAAGAAAGCUGAACAGGACGCUGCCGCCCUGGAACUGGCUCUAGAAGGCGCAAACAGGGAGAACGCCGAAAACGCUAAGAAUGCAAAGAAAUUGCAACAACAGAUCAAAGAAUUGCAAGUUAUGAUUGAAGAUGAGCAGAAGGCGCGCGAUGACGCUCGGGAAAGUCUGUCGAAGGCCGAACGAAAUGCCAACAAGCUGUCUUCUGAACUGGAAGAAGUUAGAUCCUUACUGGAACAGGCUGAACGUGCCCGCAGAAACGCCGAGAGUGAAGGAGCUGAAGCUGUCGACCGUGUCGCUGAACUUCAAGCGCAAGUUUCAUCAUUACAAUCGAGCAAGCGUAAGGCUGAAGAUGAUGUACAGAGCAUGCGUGAUGCUCAGGAUGAGUUAGAAAGUGAUCUUAAAACUGCCGAGGAAAAAGCCCGCCGAAGUGCUGCCGAUGCUUCCCGACUCGAAGACGAACUCGCUUCAGUUCAACAAGCGGCGAGCGCUGCCGAAAAAGCAAAAUCUAACGCGGACAAAUUGGCGAAGGAUCUUCAAGCUCGCCUUGAGGAAGUCGAAGCUGCCGGUGGAAAAGCUUUAAAGAACAAAAUCAAGACUUUGGAACAGCGAAUCAAAGAUCUGGAAGACGAUUUGGACGCUGAAGCUCGUACGAAGACCGAACAACAGAAAGCAAUAAAGAAGAAUGAUCGCAAGCUGAAGGAGAUGGUUGCCCAAGCUGAUGAAGAUCGCAGAACAAUCGAGAAACUGCAAGAUGCCAAUGAAAGAAACAACAAGAAAAUGACUUCGUUACGUCGUCGUGCCGAAGAAGCUGAAGAAACAGCAGCCAGUAACAUGACCAAACUUCGUCGCGUACAAGCAGAUCUUGAACUAGCUGAGGAGCGAGCUGAUGCCGCUGAGCAGGCUGCUCGUCGUCGUCCUACAGCUGGCCGUUCUACUGGGAGAAGUGCAGCAAGAACCCCUUCACGAUCUACGCGCGAGGGUUCUCGAAGAGGCUCGCAGAGCAGUGAUGCUGAAUGAUUCAAAAACGGAGAUCUACCUGAAAUACUUACAGCUGGAAUAGCAUCUAGAUAACUUAUCUUGGACAAUUUUAUGAAGUAUUUGAAUUGUGAAGAAUAGCUUAUUUUUAUCAUUGAUUUUAUGUAACCAGUAAUAGGAUUGUAGUCAUUUUCUAAUUUCAAUAAAGUAAACUUUGUCAAUUUUC